CCGCCCAGUUUCAGAAGAAAGUAAUUGUCGCUUUCUUAUACUCUGAAUUCCUAGAAAUAAGAUCAUUCUCACCUUUGCUUUUCUCUGUAACAAUGGCGGAAAAAGCGGAAUCAUCGAAGACGGCAGCGGUGAAGCCCGCUGAGGAAUUGAAAACUCAGGAAAGGGCGAAAGGAGAAACGAGUGAGGUUCCCAUUGAAGAAGUGAAGAAGCUUACAAUCAAAGAAGAAGAAGAAGAAGAACCGACGAUUAAGCUGAAAACUUCGGACGGCAUCAUCUUCGAGGUGGAAGCUUCGGUCGUGAAGCUGAUGGAAACGGUGCAGGCUGUGAUCGACGACGUAGGAGUGGCCCCCGACGCCGCCAUUCCUCUGCAGAACCUAACAUGCUCUGAACUGGGGAGGAUCCUGGAGUUCCGAGCGAAGCGAAGCCGUGUUGGCAGUGACCCGCAGACAUUGAGAAAAUUCGACGCAAAGUUCAUGUCGAUGCUGACCCCUGACCAGAUGAAGGAACUGUUACUCACUGCUAACUAUCUCAACAUGAGUGAUUUAAUGGAUGUGAUCUCCAGGGCAAUUGCAGACUUCCUCAAGGACAAGACCGCUGAGUUUGCGCGGGAUUUCUUCGGCAUCGUCAGCGAUUACACGCCGGAGGAGGAGGCGGCGUAUCGUGAAGCCCACGCAUGGGCAUUCCAAAACUUGGACAAAGAGUCAGUGUAGCAUGCGGGGAAAAGGUUUGUUAGGAUAUUCUUCAUUAAAGUGGCUCAGGAAUAAAUCAUGACAGUUGUUUUGACACAACACUACCCUUCAGCAUAUUAUAUUUCAUAUAUAGGGAGUAAUGAUAAUGAAUGUUCUGAAUGAUUUUGCAACAAUGUUUUAUGGCCUAGAAUUAUUAGAAUUUACCCUUCCGCAUA